AUGCAAGCCCGAAAGACCCUCUUUUCUUUCGUCUUGGUUGUCGCUGCCCUAGCCGGCUUGGCAUCAGCCGCCCCGUCCUCCUCUCCGGCUGAUGCUGCAGCGGCCGCGCCUCCAACCCAAGAAAAGGCAGGUUCCCCGGCCGGCGCCGCAAGUGCGGCCUCGGCAGAUAAACAAGCCGCUGCCGGGCAAGAAGGCGCCUCGACUGCAUCGCAGGCCAACCCUCAAAAUGCUGCCGUCUUCGCUGCGACUGGCGCCGCUGACGCCACCCCAGCUGCUACAACGGGCGAAGAGGCGUCCGGCAAAGCCGACCACAAAAAGCGAAAUGCGGAUGCGGCUCCUGCUGGCAAGAUCCCUGACAGUGCCGACAAGGCCGACUCGGCUACUCAGGCCAACCCUCAAAAAGCCGCCGUCUUCGCUGCGACUGGCGCGGCUGACGCCACCACAGCUGCUACAACGGGUGAAGAGGCGUCCGGCAAAGCCGACCACAAAAAGCGAAAUGCGGAUGCGGCUCCCACUGGCAAGAUCCCUGACAGUGCUGACAAGGCCGACUCGACUACUCAGGCCAACCCUCAAAAUGCCGCCGUCUUCGCUGCGACUGGCGCGGCUGACGCCACCACAGCUGCUACAACGGGCGAAGAGGCGUCCGGCAAAGCCGACCACAAAAAGCGAAAUGCGGAUGCGGCUCCCACUGGCAAGAUCCCUGACAGUGCUGACAAGGCCGACUCGACUACUCAGGCCAACCCUCAAAAUGCCGCCGUCUUCGCUGCAACUGGCGCGGCUGACGCCACCACAGCUGCUACGACGGGUGAAGACGCGUCCGGCAAAGCUGACCACAAAAAGCGAAAUGCGGAUGCGGGUCCCACUGAUAAGAUCCCUGGGAGUGCCGACAAGGCCGACUCGGCUGCUCAGGGAGCUACUGCACAAUUGAACGCUGCCAACAAUGGCCAAACGCCGGAUGCGGCGGAGACCGGUGGCCACGGCCCGGCCCAGACUAAGCGAAGCGACUCUGCUGGAACGACUGCCGAGGCCAAGAAAGAAGGUGCCGCGGAAAAUUCGCAUCCGCAAGCCUCCCAGACGCUCCAAGAUGCCCAACAGCUCAAUGCUAACCCCACUGGCUCGGCCGCUGAGGCUGGGCCCGACAACGCUGGCACUGGUGCCCCACCAAAGAAAGACUCUUGAAUUCCACUCAAGGAGCGUUCUUAUUCCAUCCCCCCAUAAUCAUAUCUCCAAACCCAACAAAAGAUUCAGAUCUUCCCCUUCAACUCUUUUCUUCGUCAUCUAAAAGUCUUAGUAGCUCAUGAUUUGUAUGUACUGUUAUAAGAACGGCGACCGAGAUGUCUAAAUAAGUGAUGCAGAAAAAAUAUAUAUACCAAGAGUCUUUCAAAAAAAAAAGAAGCAAGAGUAAUGCAACGAUGAAGAUCUUACCGCGGAAUUUGCUUACAUGACAAAGGAGAAAGAAAGCGAACAUGAGCGGAG